AUGGGUCGUGAAUCCAAAAAGUCUAAAAACAAGAACUGUCGAGAUGAGAAAGAAAAGGACAGUGACAAAAGUGAUUCGGAGCAACUGGAAACCAGUUCUGAGGAGGAAGAUGAUGAAAAUAUUGAAAUCCAUGGAGCGCAUGGAAGACAAGAACGUUUCGAGGAUUAUCGAUUUCUCGACUACCUCGCAAUUUACUGUUUUCUCCUUAUUGUUACUUUUUUCAUUGACCGUUUGAUUCGUCAGUACAAUAUUCCAUCAAUCUUUUAA